CUGCAAUGGAGGCCCAAACAUUGCGACAGAUUUUGGUUUUGACUGGACUUACACUAUGCAGUAUUUCCGAUGGAUAUAUUCUUGGACAAUCCUCCGGAAUGAUUGAUGCUUUACGAUCCAAAAACAGUACAAUAGUUAUCACCGAAGAUGAGCUUUACUGGAUUGCGUCGUCUAUCCAGAUAACCUGCUUCUGUGGUUUUGCCAUUCUCGCAAUUCUAACUGAAAUUUUAGGCCGAAGAAAAGCAAUAUCUAUUUUAAACGUACCAAUCCUAAUAUCUUGGGUAAUAGUUUAUUUUGCUAACAAUAUGGCUAUGUUACUGAUAUCCCGAAUUAUAUUAGGCAUAUCUUAUGGCGGUGUGAUCUUAUUAACGUAUAUCUGUGUGGGUGAAUAUGCUUCUCCAAACAUAAGGUCUCUCUCUUUAAAUUUAAUGGGUAGUGUAGGCACUUUAUUCGGAGCAAGUUUAGCGCAUCUCUUAAGUCUAAUUAUGCCUUGGAGGACUGUUGCAUUGAUUGGAAUAGUUCCUACAAUUCCGGCAAUCGUCAUCCCAUUCUUUUGGGUUGAAAGCCCAGCGUGGCUGGCCUCAAAGGGCAGAUUUGAGGAAUGUAAACAAUCGUUUCAAGCGCUUCACGUUACAAAUGAUGUAACAAUACGGGAGCUUGCAUUGCUUAUAUCAUUGGAGAUAAAAGAACAAAGUAAGUUCAAGAAGAACAUGUGUUUAUUUGAGACGAUAAAAACAAAGAUAUGGAUAGCCAUAAAGCAGAAAUACUUUUGGAAGAUUAGUAUUUUGAAUACGACUAUCAACAUCUACAGAAUCGCGGGAGGGCGCCUACUCUUUACCACUUUGGCAAUUACUAUACUAAAAGAUAUAACAGGUGAUAACGAUAUUUUAAGUUCUUAG